AUGGCGGAUCCUGGUAAUUCCACCGCGCGUCCCGCAUGCACAUGCCCCGAUCCGUCGGACAGCAACCUCUCCAUCGCGGGCAACAUCUUGGGCAUUGUGACCUUCGUCACCACCACGAUAGCGAUCGCCUACUCCUACGUUGUUGUGGUUACAGGGUUUUCGAAGAACCUGAGCGAUCUCGUGAGAAAUGUCGAGAUCAAAGCCCUGGAGCUGGUGUCGCUGAGAUCCCGCAUAAACACCCUCUCAGAGGCACAAGACAUGCAACAGGCUUUCCCGAGUUGGCAUGGAAUGCUGGGAGAGGUACAAACCGCUUACAGCGCCUUGGACUUCUUCAAAAGCCAGGGAAUAUUCGAAGACAGGUUUCUUCGCGCCACCCAUGAUGAUGUGCGCGUAUUUAAGAUUUAUGAAGCUUUUAUGGGGUCUGGUCUUCUUGCCGGCACAGCUGUCUGGCUGGUCGAGGAGUGCCGCCGACUGUGGAGGUUUUUCAGCCUGGCCUCUCUUAGGAAAUUCCGCCUCAUCAACGGCGAAGAACCCAAAGCCAAGCUCUCACAGGCCGAGAAUGCCAUCCAAACUGUUAAAAGUUUCCUGUCAUACGCCGAGUCGAGCAUCGUCUUGGAUUAUCAACUUGCACAGAGAAAGGAGCUCAACAGUCUCUCCACAGAGACUGGAGAGAUACGGAAAGCCUUGAAAGAGUUGUCUGAACAGGUCAGAUUGCUGGCACGGGAGAUGCGUCAACGCCAUGACAAUAGUCCUACUCGUGAAGGCGAAGGAGAUGAGGGAGCUCGAGACAGCAUUCGAAGAGUAUCAGAGGAUACGGGAGGUUUUGAAGGAGGUGCCUGGUAA